AUGGCGGACAGCCCGCCGGUGGCCGUGUUGGUGCGCACCGAGGGCGCGCCGUCCUCGGUGCCGCCGCUCAUCGCCUUCAGCCACCCGAACUCGUCCGUCUCGGUGGGAAGAGCAGAGAACAACCAGAUCCCGCUCAAUGACAAGAAGAUCUCCAAGAACCACGCGCUGCUCACCUUGCGGGCCUGCAAGCGGAAGGGCGCGGCGGACGGGGAGGUGAUGAAGCGGGUCUUCAUCAAGGAUUCGUCGACCUUCGGCACCUUUGUGAAUGGAAAGGCGCUGAAGAAGGGGGAGUGGACCAUCCUGCAGGAAGGGGAUGCUCUAGGCCUGCGGAAUCCCCACGGGAAUCCUUCCAACGGGGAGUACCGCGUGGCCUACCAAGACGCCGUGGUCUUGGUGAAUGGCGCCACGGCGCGCGGGGAGGUCCCGGUUCAAGCGGUGGCCGGGGAGGCGGCGGCCAAGGCGCCCAAGCAGAAGCUGCCGACGCCGCGGGUGAAGACGGAGCUGCCGGAGAAGGAGAAGGCGCCCAAGAAGGACUCGAAGGUGGCCGCGCCCGUGGCGCCGGUGAAGACCGAGGAGCCCGCCAGCCCGGUGAGUGAGGUCUCCGGCGGCGCCCCCCGCGCGGUCAAGGCCGAGGAGGGCGAGAAGGAGGAUGCAGUGAUGAGUCCCUUGUCGGAGGUGAGUGAGGUGUCAGCGCCAGAUGAAGAGGAGAAGGUUGCGCCGGGCUCGAUGCCAGGGCUGAUGCCAUCUAUGCCUGGGAUGCCAGGAGCUCCUCUGAUGAUGAUGCCUGGCAUGCCGUUUCCGGGCAUGCCCUUUGGCCUGCCGAUGGUGCCCGGUGCUCCGCCCUUCCCGGGGGCACCUAUGCCUCCAGGCUUCCAGCCAUCCUCCGGGCCGGUUCCCAAUGCAGCCUUGCCUGGCUCAAAGCCCGCAGGCGCAAAGGCGGCCGGGCCUCUGGUGGCUGCGAAGCCGGUGGUGAUGACCAUUGGCGCCGAGUUCGUGGGUAUGCUGAUCGGCCGGGGUGGAGAGGUGGUGAAGCAGCUCUCCACGGAGGGCGGCGCCCGCAUCGAGAUCUCCAAGACCGAGACCGAGGGCGCCAAGGCCGGCGAGCGCACCGUGUAUAUCAGCGGUCUGCAGGACUGCGUGGACAAGGCCAAGAAGCUCAUCGAGGAUGCCAUUGAGAAGGCGAAGGAGAGGACGGGGCAGGUGAACCCAAAUGCCUGCACGCUGAAAGUGCCCCACGAGCUGAUUGGCAUGCUCAUCGGGCGAGGCGGAGAGACCAUCAAGGAGCUCAAGAAAGAGAGCGGGGCCCGCAUUGACAUCUGCAAGGAGCCGGACGAGGAAGGCUCCGCGGACCGCCAAGUGCACAUCACUGGGCCGGCGGAGUGCGUGGAGUAUGCCAAAAAGAUGAUCGAAGACAUGCUGGGUAAGUCACGGGAGGGAGUCAGGAUCAAAGUGGAGGAGGAGGACAUCAGGGAGUCUGCCGAGUUGGCACGCUCCACACAGUCGACAGUGUAUGUCCCGCACGAGCUGAUCGGCAUGCUGAUCGGGAAAGGCGGCGAGACGAUCCAGCGGAUCUCCAAGGAUGCGGCGGUGCGCAUCGAGAUCCUCAAGGAUGAGAACGCGGAGAAGAAGGAUGAGCGCCCCAUCCUGGUCUCCGGAGCGCCUGACGCCAUCGAGCGCGCGCGGCGCAUGAUCGACGAGACCUUGGGCCGGUCCCACGAACGCAACGAGCCGCGGUGCCAGGAGGAUCGCCGGCGGGCGCAUCAUUAA